AUGUCUACAGCAGAUCUGAUGGAGAAUCUCAGGGAGGAACUGACCUGUUUCAUCUGCUUGGACUAUUUCACCAGCCCAGUGACCACCGAAUGUGGGCACAGCUUUUGUCUGGUGUGUCUCCUGAGAAGCUGGGAGGAACAUAACACCCCCUUGUCAUGUCCUGAGUGCUGGAGGACCUUGGAGAUCCCGCAUUUCCAGCCCAACGAGCGUCUGGGGAGGCUGGCUGGCAUCGGCAAGCAGCUCAGGUCCCAGGUGCUGCACAGUGAAGGCAACCAGGGCAGCUAUGAGAGGAUGCUGGCUGCCACUAGGAUGCUGUCUGAUGAGCAGCUGGGGGGCCACAACUUCUCAACCCAAGGCCCCGGAGUAAACAGAAUGAAUCUCUCCAGUGAGGCUGAGGAGCAUCACAAAGAGAAACUCCAGGAAAUACUAGACAUUUUGUGUAAAAAGAGAAAGGAAACAGAGGUUAUAUUAAACCAUGAGAAGGAGAGAGUGAUAUUGUGUAAGGAAGAGACAAAGACCUGUAAGCAGGUUGUCCUGUCAGAAUAUGCAAAAAUGCACCAGUUCCUGAAGGAGGAGGAGCAGCUGCAGCUACAGCUGCUAGAAAUGGAGGAACGAGAGAACCUGAAGAAACUGCGGGACAAUGAGAUCAGGCUGACCCAGCAGAUGCGAAGCCUGAGCAAAAUGAUGGAACAGAUAGAGUCCACGUGUCAGAACUCGAUUAUAGAGUCCUUCGAGGAUGUGAGAGGAAUACUGGAAAGGAGCGAGCCCCUCUUGCUUCAGUGUCCGGAGGCCAUCAGCACGGGACUGACUCUGUGCCACAUCACAGGAAUGAGGGAGAUGCUAAGAAAAUUCAGCACGGAUAUAACCCUAGAUCCAGCCACAGCCAAUGCCUACCUAGUCUUGUCUGAGGAUCUGAAAAGUGUGAAACAUGGAGGAAUCCGACAGCAGUUGCCUGACAACCCUGAAAGAUUUGACCAGUCUGCCACGGUGCUGGGCACUCAGGUCUUCACCUGCGGGAGACACUACUGGGAGGUGGAAGUGGGCAACAAGACCGAGUGGGAGGUGGGCAUCUGUAAGGACUCAGUGAGCAGGAAGGGGAAUCACCCCAAGCCUCCUGGGGACCUCUUCUCACUUAUAGGCUUAAAGAUUGGCGAUGAUUAUAGUCUUUGGGUCUCAUCACCUUUGAAAGGCCAACACGUCAGAGAGCCAGUGCAUAAGGUUGGCAUUUUCUUAGACUAUGAGUCUGGACAUAUAGCAUUCUACAACGUGACAGACGAGUCCCUCAUCUACAGCUUCCCUCCAGCCUCUUUCCAAGAGGCUCUCAGGCCCAUCUUCUCCCCUUGUCUCCCAAACGAAGGGACCAACACAGGCCCUCUUGUCAUCUGCUCACUGAAUCACCAUUGCCCUGCUCACUGA